AUAAGUAGUAAAAUAAUAGGAGUAUGAUCUUGAUAAAAGAUUAAGAAAUUGUAGGUUCAAUCAUAAAUGAUUAUCUAAAUGUUAAUGGGAUUAGUCAAGAUGUGCUUAUGUUGAUUGAAAUGGAUCCAACCAAACCAAUUGUGAUAGAUGGAUCCACGCAUGGAAGCCAAACACACACGCGUUCCUUCAUUACCAUUGGUGCCACGGCCCAUUGAUUCGCAUUCCCAGUUCCCACCCUUCUCUUAUUAGUUAUUCUCAUCUCUUUCCAUUGGAUAUGCGUUGGCUUUUGCAUGGCCCCACUCCCUUUCCCACAUGUCCCUUUUCCUUACUCUUCCCUACCCACGUACCCCACCGUACUCUUCCACCUGUCCUUCUCCCCCCUCUCUUCUUCCUUCAUGUUGCCCUUCCCUCAUUCGCCACUGCCCACCGUUUGUUUCAACUUAAACCCCUUCCCCCCCUUCUCUUUCUCCUCCCUCUCCCUCUCCCUCUCCCUCUCCGAUCCCCACCACCACCGCCAUGAUCAAGACCCUCUCUCCCUUCACUUCCACCGAGAAGACGGCGGAGAUCAUGUCCCGUUACCGCCCCAUUGCCCCUAAGCCCGAAUCCCCCUUCCCCACCUCCGAUCACUCUCCCAACAUUCCUCAUUCCGCCUCCUCCUCCUCCUCCUCCUCCUCCUCCUCCACCUUUCUUCGUAAUGUAUGGCCUCAGUUACAAGCCAGACCCACUCGUACUCGCAAAAGAGUUCGUCCUCCCCCCAUUUCCCCUCAUUCCUUGAAACGAUCCAGAACUACUCCUCCUAAUUUCUCCCUCCACCGCCCCUUUCCUUCUUUGCUUCCUCAUCUUUCUGUUUCUGCCAUUAAUGCAGCUUCUGGGUUUGAAGACCCGUCUCCUAAUUCUAAUCUUGUCACUCUUCCGCUUCUUCCCCCUUCCUCUGCUUCUGAUGAACCCACCACCCCUGCUUCUGAGAUUAAUUUCAUUAAGACUUUUGAUGAAGGGAGGGGUGUGGAAUUGAAUGUUGGUGGUUGUGCUGCUGUUGUCUCUGAAAUUCCCCAAGAGAAGAAUUUUUUGCAGCAACUUCAAUGUCCGGUUUCCACUUGCAACGUUAUAACGCCGCACCCUGUUCGUCCUGUUGGUUCUAGCAUUCGCGUUGGGUGUAUCAACGAAGCCCAAAACCCUGGUCACUCCAAUAAUACUCCGCAGCCGCCGAAAAAACCAGAUGAAGUGGAGAAGGAGGUUGAAUCCGAGGUGUUACCGGCGGUCAUAUCAGAUUCGAAUAAUAGAGUGAGAAUGGCGAAUUCGGCAUACAAGGAGAUGGUCGGCCAGCCAGAGUGCCUGUGGCUGGAUUCGAUGGUCACCGGAGAUGAACGGCUCAAAGGGAGAAGAAUCGGCGGCGAAGUGAUGCUCCACCUCUCCGAUGCGGCGGCGGUGCCUCAUUCGUCUAAUGGGUUCUCUUGUUGGGUGAGGAUUGAAUGGGGAAACGGUGAUGGAAAGAAAAAUUCCGUCACCGCCUUUUGCGAUGUUAUCAAACUUUCUUGCGUGUCUCGAGACUAUCUCUUCACGUGGAGGUUCCACACUCAAACAGGGGAUAAUCAUAAUAAUAAUGCUUCGAAACCCAUUUGUAUCAACGUUUGAUAAUCAAAUCAAAACGUAUAAAAAAAGAAGGGAAAAAGAAAAAAAAAAAACCCUUAGCCAUAGCCUUAGCGUAGCUUAGUUUGUUUUGGGACUUUGAUGCCUCUAAAGACCAUAUCCAGAAAUUACGUAUAAUCGGUAAAUGUUUUAUGUAUAUGUUAGUGUUGAAUUAUAAGAUAUUAGAAGCUAUUAAUCAUAUAUACAUAGUGUUUGUUUAA